CUGUGUGCUGCGACUUUAUGGAACCUAUAAGGGAUUUCCGCCUAUUGAAAGAGAUCCCGUGCAAUGGGGACUAGGAGGGGAACCCAUGCAAGAGGGACUAGUGAUUCAUGGAAAGAGGAUCUCUUCAGUCCCUGUUUGAUAAGCUCUCUGGCCUUGCCAUCGUGGCCUCUGGUCUGCUGCUUGGCCCAUCAAGUGGCUGUAGGCAUGAACCUCCAUCAACAGGACCUCAUGCAUGUAGAUCUAAAGCCAAGUAAUGUACUGCUGGAUGAUGAUUUUAACGCCAAGCUAGCAGACUUUGGUCUGUCCAGAGUGUCCACCAGUCACCAACAGAUACCUACAAGUGUAGGUACCUACAAGUACAUGCCUCCUGAGGCUUUUAAACCAUCGUACCAACCUGUCCGGUCUUUAGACAUCUACAGCUACGGUAUCCUGCUCUGGUCCAUCAUCAGUGGCAAAGAGCCUUAUCCAAGCAAUUUUUCCGAGGUUGUGAUGUACCAGAUCGCUAGGGGGAACAGACCUUCCUUGAAGCAAAUUGCCCAAGAAGUGGUGGUCAAAGAAGGGUUGAACGAGCUGGUGGAUCUCAUGAAGCAGUGCUGGAAUCACAGCCCCUCCAAGAGGCCCCUCUAUACAAAUUUCCUUAAAACCACUGAGGUGGUGUUUUUACAGAACAAGGAUGGAAUUCAUGAUGCGGUCGGUCAAGUUGAUCAUGUCUUCAGAGGAGUGAAUGCACCAAUCAGUAAUCAACUAAGCACGAGAGGGAAAAAAAAAACUUUUAUCGAACAGUCAAAUGAUGAGGUCGAUUUCAAAAUCUGGGAUCCCAUCAAGGUUUCUACUCGAGAAAUGAGUUGCCCAGAUAAAGUGAAGUUCGUUGACGAGAACAGGCCAAAUCUGAUUAGAAACUUUACCCACGGCUUCCUCAUGGAGAAAUGGUCCACGAGGAAGCCCGCGCAUCGAUGGCUGCUGCAGCAACAAACCACAAAAGGAUAAGAGAGCUUUACGACUCGUUACAUUCAGGAGGAGACGAGGUCAAAGCAGCCUUCUACGACGCUCUCGCACAGCUUCAUCCCAAACUAGUGUAGAGGCCCGGCGGCUAAUUCUCAAGAAACAGAGCUUUUCUACAGGUAUCAAAGACUUUCCUCGUGCCUCAUUCUACACUUGAGACAGUAUGUAUUUCAUUAAUUUGAUUAACGUUAUUUAUACUUGUUUUUUCUACACUUGAUGAUGAUGCUAGUGUAGUAUACAUAAUUAUGGGAGAAAUGUUUCAUGUCACAGAUAAUAAGGAGCUAUGAUGACCAACAAUCUAAUGAGUUUGGCAGAUCAGCCUUCAUAGAUCAUAGGGGGAAAAAUUAUAUAAGAGGGUUGCAGCUUUCCUGAUUUUCAAUUCAAGAUGAAAUCAUAGGAUUUGUGGUGGUGAAUAUAUAUCUUGUAUGUGUUCUAAUUUUCUUUUUUACAGUGUUUAUUUUCAGAUAUUUGAUUUUGUGUUUCCUGUUCUCAUGUACUAUUGUACUAUUGUCAGAUACAAGACGCUACUCUAUAUGAACUGUCCCAACCAAACAAACAAAUAA